GAUCUCCAGCCGCCUGCCCUUCCUGAGAGGAGGGAGCUCUGGGCCUUCGUCCUGCCAGUCUGGUCUUCGAGCGCCUUCAGGACGGAUAGACCUUGGCACGGGCUGCCUGAGAUUCCUGCGACACCUGUCUGUUCCUGCCUUCUGCCGAGCAUGGCACCCACAGGAUUCCAGGACGGAUCAUAGACCGGAGCCUCCAGGAGGGUGCCCUGCGCAGCAUACUGCGGUUCCUCUCCGCUCACCAGCCACCAGCCUCCAAGGCCACUCCCAUUCUGGAAAUGCCCUCGGGCACCUGGAUGAGGCCAUCCCAGAGCCAGACCCAACUGUGCCACCCACCAAGCCUCACCCUCAGCCCCCCACCCCCUCCCAUGUUCGGCUCCCAGGACAGACUGUAGAAUGUCUGUGCCCCAGAUCCACGUGGAAGAAGUGGGUGCAGAGGAGGAGGCAGGAGCCGCACCACCGGAUGACCACCUCCGGAGCCUGAAGGCCCUCACUGAGAAACUGAGGCUGGAGACCCGGAGGCCUUCCUACCUGGAAUGGCAGGCCAGGCUGGAGGAGCAGACGUGGCCCUUCCCGAGGGCAGCUGCAGCUACGGAGCCACAGGCGAGCAUGGAGGAGGGGGAGCGUGGUGGGCAGGAGCCCUUGCUCCCCCUGAGAGAGCCCGAGCAGCACCCCCCUCCUGCCAGGAGCGCCAGCCAGGGCACCAGACCCCUGUCCACUGGCAAGCUGGAAGGCUUUCAGAGCAUAGAUGAAGCCAUAGCAUGGCUCCGGAAGGAACUGACGGAGAUGCGGCUGCAGGACCAGCAGCUGGCCAGACAGCUCAUGCGCCUGCGCGGGGACAUCAACAAGCUGAAGAUCGAGCACACCUGCCGCCUCCACAGGAGGAUGCUCAACGAUGCCACCUAUGAGCUGGAGGAGCGGGAUGAGCUGGCCGACCUCUUCUGUGACUCCCCUCUUGCCUCCUCCUUCAGCCUGUCCACGCCACUCAAGCUCAUUGGAGUGACCAAGAUGAACAUCAACUCUCGGAGGUUCUCUCUCUGCUGAGGAGCCCUCAGACUGGGCCAAGGGGCUGGAGCAGAGGGCUUGGGCUGGAGGGAUGUUGGAGGGAGCUGAGGCCAAGUUACUCCAGUGGGUCUCCCUGAGGCAGGGGUCCUGAGACUGGCAACUCAAGGGCCCCAGAACCUAUUCAGUGGUGCUCUCCCAGGGGCCCUGAGUGGGGAUCCCAGUGUCUCUGUGACUGGCUCUUGCUUAAUACCCAAAGAGCUCUGCAGAAGGGUCACUCCAACCAGAUGUUAAAUGAGACCUGGACUCCCACCAGAAUCCAUCCCUCCAUGGUCAUGUUCCUGUUUCCUGGAAUGACUGGUGCUAUGAACUGGGAUUCCCAAGGGGAGCCCCCCCACCCACCCAAAGCUGUCAUUCUUGCAGAAGGCUCUCCCACAAGGGCCUUGGGGAAAUUAGAUACAUGACUCAGCAACAGGGACAGGGACCUACUAGGAAAGGAAAAUCCAAAGACAUGACAAAUGGGCACUUUUGGGGGACGCAGACUCUAUGGCUGGCUGCCAGCAUCCCUGGUGAGCCUAAGACCCAGGCUGCUGUCAGUCUCCCACCUUGGCACUGCAAGGCUGUGUAAACUGUAAAUUCUGGUGUGUGCUGGGACAUGUGAUGGGUACACUAGCGUAGCUUGGGUACAACAAGUGCAGAUGCCCCCAUCAUCUGUCCCGGCUACAUGCACCUCCAAAGAGCCUUUCCACCACCACCCCUCCCAGGGCGACAGCCUAGGAGACCACUGGUUACUGAACCAGGCAGGUCCUGAAUGCAUUUUCUAUAACUGAAUUCUCCUGGAGGGGUGUGGCCGGGGCCUCCUGGUGGAUUCUGGUGGUGUCCCCUAGGUCACCCUACUGCCCUCCCCAGAAUGACAAUUAAGGGAGCCCAGAGGCCCAUCCUGAACCUCCUCUGAGAUUUCGUGCCUGAGUUAAACACCAAGUUUUAAUCGAAUAAGUCUGUGAGUGAUGUGUUGUUCACUUGUUAAUAACUGAUUUUUGUCCGAAUGGGGAAGCCACUUGUGUAGGUCAAGUACGGUGUGUAGGAUCUGAUUUUAAGAGUUUCUCCCUCACAACAGGCUUGAGGAUCAGCAAAUUAAGACCCCAGCAGGUUAGGGAGGUCAGUCUGGGGUCACACCGCAUGGCAGGGGUUCCUCCGCCAGCUGGGUAGAAUCCAAGAUCAGAAGCGUUUUUGACCUUUAAUGUCAUCUAGUCCAGUCCUCUCGUUAGUAAAGGCACAAAGUGAAACCUGAGGGAGAGGAGGAUUUCCCUCGGGUGGCACGGCGAGGCUGCAGAAUACUGAUGUGUGAGACCACUGUUGAUUAUGCCCUAGUAGAUCACAGGUCAAUGAACUUGAACCCCAAAGAUGGUCUCGAUGCCUUGCCAAACCCACACAGUGCCAACCCCUCUACUCUCCACCUCCCUCAGUCCCCACCCCCAUCUUCCCGCGUAUUGCAAUUCAGAACAUUUGAGUCAAUGAAGAGCAAGGCAUGGACGUGGCCCCACAGGGCAUGCAUCACUAAUCACUGUCCCAUGGCCUACACAUGGUGUGCGUCUGCUGUGGCUUCUUCCUGUGUGAUCUCACUAGGACCCGUGUCCACCCACACAUCCUGACCCACAUAGUGGAGAGGUUGCUUUUCUUCUGUGGGCUGGGUAGGACAAUGCAUAUGAAGGACCUUUAGUAGACGGAAAAGAGCUUGGUCUUUUGAUUUUAAUUUCAAAGAUCCAGAAGGUCUAUGCUUCCUUGAAAGUAGGUAGAACAACGCAGCCAAGAUCUACUGUCUGCCUGCUGUGUGCAGUGAAGUCUGCAGCCCUGCGGACCAUGCACUGAUGUCUUUCUUUGGAGCUCUGCACAAACACUGCCACGUCCCAAAUUGGCAUUCCUCUCCUGCCAGCCUCCUUCCAGAUGAGCCCUUGAGGUCUCAGGCUGACCUACACACACUCACCUACUCACACAACAGAGAACACGCUGUAAACAUUCUUGAACCCACGCAGGAAAGCCCAUCCCAUACUCUGAAAAAAUGCCAAACUACAUUUUGCUUUCUUUUUAGAAAUCAGUCAUCACAUGAACUGAAACCACUGGGUUCAACUAAAAUGGGAAGAUUGCGUUGAAUGUAGUCAAUCCAAUUCAGAAUUAAGUUGGAUGCAACUGAGUGCUUCAGUUGCUUGGGUAACCCAGUGCUUGCUUGCCUUCUUCGUUCUCUGGGAGAAAACUAAGAUCAAGACGCAUGUUUUGGGAUAGGCUGCUCAGUUCCUCCUAAGAGAACUUUCUUAUGGGAUGAGGUGGUGACCCCAGGUAAGAGGUGGAGAGGGAACAGCAAUGUUUUCUAAGCAUCGUCCAGCAUCGGCUGUCUUCCUUACUUUCCACAGUGAACACGACUAACCACAUUAAUUCAGCUUUGUGAAGUCCCUGCUCUGUGUGGUUCUCUGUGUCAGCAGCAACACUGGCCUAACCUCCGUCCCACCUUCCUGGCUUACCAUGUGUAUACAGUGCUGUUUGCAGUGGUAUUCACUGUCCUUCCAUCUCUCUGCCCUCCCCAAGCAUCCCCGGGUGUAAAACAGGAAGUCUCUACCAAUGCUGCCACACGUGGUUGUGUCUGAUGCCUUCAGGGGCUCAGUAGCCAUCAAGAGGCCUGGAGGGCCUGGGCAGGCUUGACGAUGCCUGACCGAGUCCAAGACCCACCCCCUGUAGCAAUACCAAGUGCUAUUACAUAAUCAAUGGACAAUUUAUACUUUUAUUUUUAUGAUUAUUUGUUUCUAUAUUGCUGUUAGAAAAAGUGAAAUAAAAAUACUUCAAAAGACGUUAUCUGUACAAACAAAGAGA